ACGGGACCUCCUGCCUGCGUGCAGAGCCAGUGACCAGCCGUGCCGGGGAGGCACCACCGCAGAGCCGCGGCUGCCUACUGGGGACAAGAGGCCUGGGCCAUGAAGCAGCACCGGAGGAGGCGGUGGCCGAGGUUGUGGAGAGUUGUUUGGAGCCGGAGAAAGCGGUGCAUUUUCCCUGGCUGCUGUGAAGGGGUGCAUGGAAGAGAGCAAGGUGCUGCAGUAAGAAACCCAGGUGCCACUUAAAGGACGCGUCCCCCGCUUGCAACAGAUGACUGAUCCCAACAGAUCCGGGUCCCCCACGGAGGAGAGACAUGCAGUAGGAGCCCGUGCGUCCCGUCGACGAGCGACGCUGGCUCACGCCCCGCGGUAGCGCACAGCAGGACAAAAGGACUCAGCAGAGGACAGGAAAUGCAGAGAAUCAGCUGCCUCCUCAUGGGAUUUCUCUUAAUCCUCGGUGCCACCAGCAUGGAGCAUUUGGCCCGGUCGGGCCGCAGGGUGUGCUCCACGGUGACGCAGAGCCAGACCGUGUCAUACCUGGAGUCCCAUGUCCAGCCGGUCUACCAGCCGUACCUUACCACGUGCCAGGGACACCGCGUGUGCAGCACGUACAGAACCAUAUACAAGGUUGCCCACCGCCAGGCAUUCAAGAAGUACUCCCAGCCCAUGUACACGUGCUGUCCAGGCUGGAGAAGGGCAAGCGGCCAUGCAGCCAGCUGCAACACAGCUGUUUGUAGGGCGCCGUGCCAGAAUGGCGGGAGAUGCUCCUUUCCGGACAGAUGUGCCUGCCCUCGGGGGUGGACGGGAAGAGCCUGCCAGACAGACAUGGACGAGUGCUCCGGCCAGGGUCACGGCUGCGGCCAGCGCUGCGUGAACACGCCUGGGAGUUACCGCUGCGCCUGUCACGAGGGGCAUCAGCUCUCUGCAGACGGAAAAUCAUGCCAGGCUCUGCAGCCAGCUCCAAGGACAGAGGUGUCUGCGCCUCCAGCCCUCAACCGAUCCGGAGGUGCCUCCGGCGAAGUGAAGGAAGAAAUGAAAGCUUUGAGGAGCAGGAUGGACGUGCUGGAGCAGAAACUGCAGUUAGUGCUGGCUCCCUUCCAUCACUUUGUGCCAGCUGGGCUGGAUGAUGUCAGCCCGGACCCCAUCACCGCCCUGUCCCACUCCCUGCGGCAGCUGGACAGGAUAGACUCCCUGAGCGAGCAGAUCUCUUUCCUGGAGGAGCGCCUCGAGACAUGUUCAUGCAAAAAUGAACUUUAGCGUGGACCCGCCGUGUCCCGAAAGCAGCAGCAGAGCAACUGUGUCAACCUGCCCUGGCCGUAUCCAGACCACAGCUGAAGAAGCCACGGUGCCUGCAGGACAACAUGGGAUGACGGGAUAAGAAUUUGUUCUCGAUGUGGCUGUGCCUGCUUCCUCUUCCUCAGCCUGCUGGCCCUGGGACAGCUUUCUCCCAAAGAUCAUGCCUUCCCCCAUGCUCAUAGUGACCCCUUUUCUACACGGACUGGCUCAGUCCAUCCUUAUACAAGAGAAAAGCUGCAAGCAAAACUCCAUGGUGCUUUUUUUUUUUUUUUUGCUUGUAGUUAGCUCUAGAUGAAGUCUCAGGAUACACGUAUUCACGGUGAGGUACAGCUACGCGACUGCACGAGCCAUGCUAACAGCAACCUGCUUCCAGCUGCUUCUUUCAUGCUUUGUAUUGCUAGAGCCUCUCAUGCCAUGCCGCUCCAUGGAGGGAGCACAGCUCCCUCCGUCUUACUUACCUCACUUCGCCAUUAGACUAGAGCAUAGUGCAUGGGAGUCCAGAUCCAGCCUUUCCAGAUUGACUGACAACUUUGGUAAUUCCCUUUGCCCUCCAAAGUGCUUUGAGGCCCUCGACCAAAACCGGCUGCUGGCAGGAGCCAAGUGCAAUGUUAGAGGAGUGCAGGGAAAACUGCGGCUAAGAAAGCCCAAUCAUGCAAGGAGUACCAGGAACAGGGGAAAGUUGCAUCUCUCCAGCUUCUGAUGCUUGGGGAGAGGGAAGCUCUCUCUCCUUGGCUUCUCUCUCUGCAACAAGCUUCUCUUCUGUCCAGUGAGGGCAGUACAUUAGCUUCCAUCAUCUGCUGGUCAUCUGAAGAGGUGCUGCUCUUGAAAGGCUUUGAAGCAUUUCAUUUCCUUCUACUGUAGGCACUUUGGAGGGGGAAAGG